AUGCACCCAAACUUGGCAUAUCAUGAACAUCCAAGUUGUGUUGACGUCAUCCUUCGUCUCGAGGAAUGUCAUCGAUCAAGUAUUUUCAAAAAGUUUUUUGGUGGAUGUAAUAGUAUCAAAAGAGAGCUUAAUGAAUGCUUAACCGCAGAGUAUCAAGUUAAAAGACUGAAAAAUGCUGAGGAAGCAAAGGAAAGAAGAAAAAGAGUUGAAGCGAUGUGGAAAGAUAUUGAUGAAAUGAAAAAAAAGAAAGAUUUAUAA